AGAAUGCUGGAUGGCAGCAGCAUAUUCUACCCCCUCAAGGGUAAAAUGGUCCAUCUCGAUUAGACCAAACAGCAUUAGCGUCGUUUCCCUCUCCCAAACGCAACAACUCCAGCAGAGCGGACAGUCGCAUCAAAGUCGUGGGCUUCCAGUGAAAGCGAAAAAUUAAAAUUAAAAUUGCUACAGACAAGUGCUCAGGCAGCAGCGCCCGCGUCUCCUUUCCUCCUUUCUCACCGGAAUUAGUAUUAUAUCUUCUCUUCCCUCUCUGUCAAAUCUUCAAUGCCUUGACUUGCAUUGCUUCCCCCGAGAGAACAAGAUUUUCAAUUUUUCCCAGCAAAACAAUUAUGUCGGACGCUUUGAUCAAUGGCCUCGCUGGAGCUGGAGGAGGGAUCAUUGCUCAGCUCAUCACAUAUCCUCUCCAAACUGUAAACACUCGUCAACAGACCGAGCAUGAUCCGAAGAAAGACCGGAGGAAUCUUGGAACUCUUGAGCAAAUGCGCCAGGUUGUAAAGCACGAAGGGUGGGAUCGGUUGUACGGAGGAUUGAUGCCGUCGCUUGUGGGCACUGCUGCGUCUCAGGGUGUUUACUACUACUUCUAUCAAGUAUUUAGGAGCAAGGCUGAAGCAGCUGCUCUAGAACAAAGAAAGAUUGGCAUUGGUGAUGGAUCAGUUGGGAUGUUAUCCUCACUACUUGUUGCUGCUUUAUCUGGGUGUGUUAAUGUGCUCUUGACAAAUCCCAUAUGGGUAGUAGUUACACGGAUGCAGACUCAUAGAAAAGAAUCAAAAAAAACCAUGCCUGGUCAUAAGUUGUCUGUGGCCACGGAACAAACAUUUCUUUCUGCAGCUGAGCCUCCUUCUUAUGGAACUAGUCAUGUGAUUCAAGAAGUGUAUGGUGAAGCUGGAGUCUGGGGUUUCUGGAAAGGUGUAUUACCAACGUUGAUCAUGGUAAGCAAUCCUUCUAUACAGUUCAUGCUGUAUGAAACCAUGUUGUCAAGGUUAAAAAGAAGACGUGCUUUGAGUAAGAAGAGUAGUAAUGGGGUUUCUGCUUUAGAGAUAUUUCUUCUUGGGGCUUUGGCUAAGCUUGGAGCUACUGUUAUGACUUAUCCUCUUCUAGUUGUGAAGGCUAGGCUUCAAGCAAGGCAGGUUAAGACUGAAGACAAGAGGCACCAUUAUAAAGGAACAUGGGACGCCAUUAUAAAGAUGAUCCGCUAUGAAGGGUUUUAUGGAUUUUACAACGGUAUGAACACUAAAAUUGCACAGAGUGUGCUGGCUGCCGCUGUUUUGUUCAUGGUGAAGGAAGAGCUAGUUAACGGGGCUCGUUUCUUGCUUGCUAAGGAUGCUGCUAACACUCUGAAGGCAAAGCCUCUAUGAAAGGGGAUUGGUAACAAAUGAUUCUUUUUCCAGAUUGAGAUUCCACAAACCAUCUUCAACUGAAAUACUCAUUCAUAUAGUAGGAAAUAGAUCAUAUGGCCCUGGAAAAUUCGUACCGUUAAUGAACGGUAUGUUAGAAAGAAUAUCCCAAUGUAUUAUUCCUUACUAUUUUCGUCAGACUAGUCAGCAAAUUGACGAUGGCAUGGGCAUAUUCAUAUUUUAAGUAGCUGGAAUCAUUUGAGUUGUUGAGUCCUUGUACAGAUUUCUGAGUUCAGGCCCUGCCCCUGAAAACACUGUAUGACCACCUGUUUUUGUUGGUAGAUCAGAUUCUCAGUCCAUUUGAUGUACUGGACAUGUAACCUAUAAACUGAAAUCGUCCGUUAACAAGCCACUGGCAAAUGAGAAGAGUGCUAGAAUGCCAACUGAAUGAAUAGAGUCCUGUAAAGACAAAUUAUCUCGGAUUACUUGCAUGUUCAACUUACACAUUGCUAUGGCAAAAUGGAUAUGCUAUUAAACUGAA